AUGUUGAGCGGCAUCCUUUUAUUCAACCAGAAAGGAGAGAACCUCAUCUUCCGUGCUUUUCGUAGCGAUUGUCGACCACGGCUCGCAGAUGUCUUCCGCAUCCAGGUCAUUUCCAACUCUCAAGUCAGGAGCCCUAUCCUCACAUUGGGCUCCACCACCUUCAGCCAUGUCAAACACGAGAAUAUCUAUCUCGUGGCAGUCACGAAGAGCAAUGCCAACGCUGCUCUGGUCUUUGAGUUCUUGUACCGUCUGACAGCCCUUGGGAAAGGAUAUUUUGGAAAGUUUGAUGAAGAGGCUGUCAAGAACAAUUUCGUGCUCGUCUACGAAUUGCUAGACGAGAUUCUCGAUUUUGGGUACCCUCAGAAUACAGAUGCAGAUAUAUUGAAGAUGUACAUCACACCCGACAACCUCUCUUCCGCCAUCAGAUCCUCUCCAUCUCAUUCCAAUGCCUCGAGCGACUCGUCAAAGAUCACCAUGCAGGCUACCGGCGCCCAGUCCUGGAGAAGAGCGGACAUCAAAUACAGAAAGAACGAAGCCUUUGUGGAUGUGAUCGAGGACGUGAACUUGUUGAUGAGCGGAACAGGAACCGUGCUACGUGCUGAUGUCAAUGGUCAAAUCGUGAUGCGAGCGUACUUGACAGGGACUCCGGAGUGCAAGUUUGGCCUGAACGAUCAGAUGGUGGUGGACAGUGGUUCGUCAACAGACAAAGAGGGGUCCAUGGGGAGUCGAGGCGGGGCUUCCAAAGCUACAAGGGCCGCUGCCGGAUCAGUCACUCUUGAAGAUUGUCAAUUUCAUCAAUGCGUGCAGCUGGGGAAAUUUGACACGGAUCGAACCAUCUCCUUUGUCCCACCAGACGGAGAAUUCGAACUCAUGAGAUACCGAGCCAUCGAGAACGUUAACUUGCCAUUUAAAGUCCACCCUAUCGUCCGCGAGGUCGGGACUACUAAAGUCGAAUAUAGCAUCGCUAUUAAAGCUAAUUAUGGCAACAAACUCUUUGCCACCAACGUUGUCGUCAAAAUCCCUACACCUCUCAAUACCGCCAGCGUUGUUCCACGAUCAAGCCAGGGCAGGGCCAAAUACGAAUCCGAGAUCAACUGCAUUGUCUGGAAGAUCGCACGCUUUACGGGCCAAAGCGAGUUCGUGCUAUCUGCUGAAGCGCAGCUGACGAGCAUGACGAAUCAGAAGGCUUGGUCCAGACCGCCUUUGAGUUUGAAUUUUUCGCUCCUCAUGUUUACAAGCUCGGGUCUGUUGGUCAGGUAUCUGAAGGUAUUUGAGAAGGGAAAUUACAGUAGUGUGAAAUGGAUUCUGAACAGCAAAUAUGAUCGCGAACGUGUGCGAGUUUCAUCAGCAACAAGAAAAGGGCCAUAG